AAUAUACACAGAAUGAGAGAGAGCAUUGAGCAGGAAGGAUACCACAGACAGACACAGAGUUCCAUACAGGGGGAGAGUACUGGCGUACAGUGCUGGGGUCGCCUAAAACCUGUCCUGGGGUACAUGGAGGAACCGUCUGCAGACUGUGAAGGAGGAUAAGGAGCGAUUCCAGGGGUCUGUGUCCAGAGAUAUAGCCCGUAGUUUACUACUUCUUCUGGAUACACUGGAUUACAUAGGACGGCCGAUAUGCCACGCUUUUGGAAUACUGGAAUUUGCUUGAUGGCGCUUCUCGUACAUGGUGCCACCAGUCAAAUGUUAAACUGCCCCAUUGGAACUCUACCUCCAAAUACAACAAACUGUACCAAUCGAAUCUGCCCAGAAGGUCAGCAGUAUAAUGCUUCAUUUCCCUGUAUCCCUGGGUAUAAAGAAGAAAUAGGAGAGUGUGUAGAUAUACUUGAGUGUGUCACUGGCGACCAUAUGUGUGGUGCUAACAGUAAAUGUAAAAACACGAGGGGAAGUUAUUACUGUAUGUGUAAUGCAGGCUACCGGAAAGGAAAUCAAACCGCAUUCUGCCCUUACAAAGAUGGAAAGGAGAAUGUCUGUACAGAUAUAGAUGAAUGCAGUGAAAACCCAGGUAUCUGUGAUUUUAACAAGAUCUGCAAAAACACAUUGGGAUCAUAUCAGUGUAUUUGUAAGGAAGGAUUCGUAAAUAUAUCUAACUCCUGUGUAGAAAUUCAGAAGUGUAAGGCUGUUUUUUGUGGUUUAAAGGGUAUAUGUGUUUCAAAAGCCAACACCAUAUCAUGUUCCUGUCAAGAAGGAUACAGAGCAAUUUCCCUGGGAUUACAGCACCCACAAUGCAAUGUGAACUGCAAAUACAAAUCAAAAGAAUGGAACUGUGCGAAUGAAUCGUUCCAGUGUCACCUGAACUAUUUUACGGAUCAAUUUACACCUUUUUGUGAGAAUGUCACAAGGCAGAAUAAUCUUUCAUUUGCAGAGCUUUUGAAGGGCUUGGAUCGUCUGAUCGAUGAAUUCCGCUAUGAUGAUAAGACUGCUAGAUUACAGAAAGCUGGGCGCCUGCUGGAAAUGGUGGAAUCAAGGGUAAAGAGCCUGGCAUUACUGGAACAGAAAGAGGUGUCACAUGUGAACAUGAACGAAACGAUCAGAAUUCUAGUUUCAAGUGGUCCUUCAGAUAGUGGCCUAAUCUCACUCCAAAGCGACAAAAUCAACAUAAAACUGGAUUCUAAAACUGCCGCAGGGGAAACAGAUGUAGCAUUACUUGGAUGCCUAGAGUAUACUAAUAUCAGUCACAUUCUGAAAGGUGCCGAUCUUUUGGGAGAAAAAUCAAAAAGUAAACGUUUUAAAAUGGUCUCCCCUGUGGUCAGUGUCUUCCUUGGCAUCAGUAACACCUCGAGUCUUAGACAUCCAGUGUCAAUGAGAUUGAACUUCACAGAUGAGGUAAAGUCCCCAAACAUAAGUUGUGUCUCCUGGUCAGUAUCAGACAGUAGUUGGACUAGUAAAGGCUGCGUGAUGGUGGAAAGGGAUGAUGAUGGAAUAACCUGUAACUGCACUCACUUGACCAGUUUUGCCAUCCUAAUGCUCUUGGAUGACUAUGAGAGCUGGGCUUUGACACUUUUAACACAAAUUGGGCUCUCGAUCUCGAUCUUCUGUCUUGUACUAGCCAUCAUCACGUUUUGCUUUUGCCGCUCUAUCCGUGGAACACGUAACACAAUUCACAUGCAUCUGUGUAUCAGUCUCUUCUUUGGUAACUGCAUAUUUCUACUUGGGAUCGAAGCAACUCACAAUAAGGUUGCGUGUGGGAUAGUUGCAGGACUUCUUCAUGCUUUCUACCUCUCCUCCUUUUGCUGGAUGUCCCUGGAAGGACUGGAGCUUUACCGCAUGCUGGUGACAGUAUUCAAAACCCACCUGAAGAAAAGAUACCUCCUGGCAGUGGGGUAUGGUACGCCAGCUGUCAUCAUCACAAUAAGUGCUGCGAUUUAUCACAAAGGAUACGGCACGGAAAAAUACUGCUGGUUGUCUCGUGAAAAAGGUUUUAUCUGGGCCUUUAUGGGACCUGUGUGUCUGAUUAUCCUGGUGAACUGUGGGAUUUUUGUCCUCACCGUGUGGAAACUUGCUGAGAAAAUGUCCUCUAUCAACCCAGAGCAAGGACAAUUAAAAAGGAUCAGGACCCUGACCAUGACGUCUUUGGCACAGCUGUGUAUCCUGGGGAGCUGCUGGGCAUUCGGGUUCUUCAUGUUCAACACGGCUACACCCUUUUUCAUAUACGCAUUCACCAUCCUCAAUACGCUGCAAGGAUUACAGAUCUUCUGCCUGCACUGCCUGAUGCACAAAAAGGUUCGGGAAGAGUAUAAGAUGUGGCUCUGCGCGCUCGCUCAUUUCAAGACUCCAGUCUACUCCGAAUUCAGCAACACCAGCAAUUCACAAACACAUACCAAGGGAAAAACAAGCAAGGAUUCUGGCUUAUGAUGAACGACGCUUGGCUACUCCAGGACUCCGUACCAUAAAGGUCAUCCUAAAGAUGCUCCCAUUGUGUGUUUCCACCAUUCGGCUUUCAGUACAUGAAAUAUCAAUUCCCG